UUUUCUAUGGCGGCGGAAAGUAAUUAAGUCCAUGUGAAUAUGGCAUGAGCUCAUAAAACUUCCACGUAUUAACGUACUAUUGUCUCUCUGAAUCUUCACAUCAUGACUGUCCUACGACUCCUACUUGUGGCCAAAUAAAUACUACCAGAGUGACACAAGGAUAAUAAAUCUGCGUGAGAGUAACAGCUAAACCACCAAAUGGCUGCAAAAGUAAUGAAAGCCGUUCAGUAUUUUGGCUAUGGUGGCGGAGCUGCUGCCUUAAAGCAUGUUAAGGUUGCUAUACCUGAUCCAAAGGCCGAUGAAGUGUUACUAAAAGUUGAGGCCGCUUCUUUAAACGCAUUCGAUUGGAAGAUACAAAAGGGCAUACCUCGGCCCUUACUACCCCGAAAAUUCCCCUAUAUACCAGGUACUGAUGUUGCAGGGGAGGUAGUUCAGGCUGGAUCUGCUGUGAAGAAGUUCAAAGCUGGUGACAAGGUCGUGGCCCUCUUUAGCCAUGCUACUGGUGGUGCACUGGCUGAAUAUGCGGUGGCAAAGGAGAACCUUACCAUUGCUAGACCACCAGAAAUAUCAGCAACUGAAGGCGCAACCCUGCCUCUUGCUGCCCUCACUGCUCACAUAGCUCUUACAAGCGUAAACAUUAAGCUUGAUGGAAGUGGUGAAAGGAAGAACAUAUUGAUCACGGCUGCAUCAGGGGGUGUAGGCCACUAUGCAGUCCAGCUAGCAAAGCUCGGAAACACUCACGUUACAGCAACUUGUGGAACUCGGAAUGUAGAUCUGGUCAAGGGCUUAGGCGCGGAUGAGGUUCUUGAUUACAAGACCCCAGAAGGGGCUUCCUUGGAAAGCCCAUCAGGAAAGAAAUAUGACUGUGUAAUCCAUUGUGCUAUGGGAAUCCCCUGGGCCACCUUCGAGCCGAACUUGAGUGCAACUGGGAAGGUGAUAGACUUGACUCCUGGCCUUAGUACGUUUAUGACAUUUGCUCGGCAGAAACUGACAUUCUCCAAGAAGCAGCUGGUACCGCUGUUUCUGACUCCAAAGACGGAGAACUUCGAAUAUGUGGUGAAUUUGGCGAAGGAAGGGAAGCUUAGAACAGUCAUAGACUCUAAACAUCCUCUGAGUAAAGUUGAAGAUGGUUGGACUAGGAUAUUGAGUGGACAUGCGACCGGGAAGAUUAUAAUAGAGAUUUGA